UAGUGUUGGCUGACCAGGGGGAAGGGAGUGGCGUCAUUACUGUCUCUUCACUCUACCACAUAUAACACCUACCACAAUGCGUAUAUCUGUGAAUACCGAUACCAACAUAAUACCACUUGAAGUUGCUGAUGAUUUAGAACUUGAGAAUUUUAAAGCUUUAUGUGAAAUGGAGGUUGGGAUCCCCGUAGCGGAAAUGAUGGUGUUGUUCAACGCUCGGCAGCUCACAGACAACCAGAAAAGCCUAAAGGAUUUUGGCGUGAAGGACGGAGAUAUUAUAAUGAUCUGCAGAACCGGCAUGGCACAACAGCAGCCGGCGCAGCAGAGGAGGCCGCAGCGAUCUCUCCCCUCAGAAAUUGGCCAGAUUGACUUCAGCGGAAUUCAACUGCCGGGAGUGCGUCGGAGCAGCUCGUCAUCGGCAGCCAUGGGUCAGAGCCUGUCGGCAGCCGUGGGUCAGACCCCGUCGGCGGCCGUGGGUCAGACCCCAUCGGCGGCCGUGGGUCAAACCCCAUCGGCAGCCGUGGGUCAGAACCCAUCGGCAGCCGUGGGUCAGAACCCAUCGGCAGUCGUGGGUCAGAACCCAUCGGCAGCCGUGGGUCAGAACCCAUCGGCAGCCGUGGGUCAGAACCCAUCGGCAGCCGUGGAUCAGACCCCAUCGGCGGCCGUGGGUCAGACCCCAUCGGCGGCCUUGGGUCAGACCCCAUCGGCAGCCUUGGGUCAGACCCCAUCAGCAGCCGUGGGUCAGACCCCAUCAGCGGCCGUGGGUCAGACCCCAUCAGCGGCCAUGGGUCAGACCUCGUCGGCGGAUAAUAAUGAAGGCCAGGUGGCAGGUCAGGAGGGUGAGGAAGAGCAGCAGGGUGAUGAUUGGGACUUGGGCCUAGGCAGUGCAGCAAACCAGGAGGACCCGGCCAUGAUACGAGACAUGCUGUUGGCCAACCCCGAGCAGCUGGCCCUCCUGCGGCACAACAACCCCAAGUUAGCCGAGUCUCUCCUCAGUGGGGGGAUGGAUGACUUUGUAACUGUACUCCGGGAACAACAGGAGAUGAGACGAAACCGGGAACAGCAGAGAAUCAGGCUGUUGGCCGCCGACCCGUUCGACAUGGAGGCCCAGCGUCUUAUUGCAAGCGAGAUUCAACAGGAGAAUAUCAACGCCAACAUGGAGGCAGCCAUGGAGUACAACCCUGAGAGUUUUGGUACAGUUCACAUGUUGUACAUUAACUGUAAGGUCAACGGCCACGAGGUCAAGUCUUUCAUUGACUCAGGUGCACAGACUACCAUCAUGUCACAAGCUUGUGCAGAGAGAUGCAACAUCAUGCGGCUGAUGGACACAAGGUGGGGAGGCAUCGCCAAGGGUGUCGGCACUCAGAAAAUCAUUGGUCGCAUCCACAUGAGUCAGAUACAGAUCGAGAAUGACUUCUUGGCGUCCUCCUUCAGUAUACUUGAAGACCAGACAGUGGAUAUGCUUCUAGGACUUGACAUGCUGAGGAGACACCAAAUGUGCAUUGACUUAAAGAACAACAAACUCCACAUUGGCACGACUGGAACUGUCACGAACUUCUUGGGUGAGAGUGAACUACCCGAUUCUGCCCGACUCACAUCACCCGACGAGGAAGAGGCUAUGCAAGAGUCUGAAAAGACAGCCAAAGAGUUGGACGAUCGUGUGUUAGCGGAGGCUCUUGCGGCCAGCUCUAAAAAUACUGAUGGCAAUCCUUCAACCUCCGGAACAAAUAUGGGUUAGUUUAUUGCGAGUUUGUGUUUACAAACAAUAAAUAGGAGAGGAGGGAAGAAAAUAGUAUAGAUAGAAUGAAGAGUAAUUACAGGCAGAGAUUACAAGCAGAUCGUCCUUCUAAGUUUUGAAUACGUAUUAACCCUUAAACGCCAGCUAAGGAUUCCCUGCUCCGCCCCCCUAUAUGUGUAGAGGCAACACAAGGGAGAUGGCAAAAACACUUGUACAAUUUCCCUUCAUCUGUACUCAGAAUAUUUAAAUGGAAUAAUUGUCUCGUAUUAAGUGAUCUGUACGGUCACUAUUCCUAUAAAGUGAUGGUUGCGUACCUGAAGCACACCGCCUUAUGGAAAAAUAUUGUAUUAACAGUUGAAUCAAUGGGAGUUAAGGGGUUAGGAGGUCGUAGGGUGGAAAACACCAACGUGACUGCCAUUUUGCUUUACAAUUUGUUAUGUUAUUGUUAAUUUUUUGUUCUUUUAUAAUAACAGUGUUUUAGUUAGUCUAUGUUGGUGAGUGACGGAAAAGUAGCCGUCAAGAAUGGUGAAGAGGGAAAAUGAUGAAAUUGCUGGACUGUGACUCUCUUAACAACUUUUAAUGAUAAAUCCUUUUUAAUUUAAACUAUUUCUAGCAACAGUACAGUAUACCAAAUGUGAAUAUACUUGUAAAAAAUUACAGUCCGUGAUAACACAUGUGAUGAGUAGGCAGGCUGGAAAAAGACUAAGGUAUAUAGAGUAAUAUAACUUGGGUUGCCAAGUCUGAAUUUCCUGUCAUUACUGGAACUGUCAAGACUCAAUUCCAUAUCAAGUGUUUCAUUACCAGUUUUAUCGUACAAUAUAGCAAAACUUUUUAUAUUUAUAUUAAGGAAAACAGCAAUUAGCCUAAUAGCAUACCUUUAUAUACCUGAAGUGGAGAUAAAGUUGUUUACACUGAAUCAGUAAUACCUCAGUCAUACAGGGCAGUGAAAUCAUCAAGUUCACUUCUUAUGAUCACAUAUGUUAACUGUGAAUUUAUUCAGGGUAAAUACAGUACCAAAUCAUUUCAAUUCAUUACCAAGUAGCCUCCGUGGGCAGCAUCUAGAAGUGUUCGCCAGCAUCCCACCUUGUGUGAUGCUAUGCCCAGGCAGCUGCACACACCCACUUAUUCCUACUUGUGUGACAUAGUUAUGUUUACACAAUAGCAUUACUGUACAGUAUAUCCUUUUCACAUCCUUGUUGUAUUAAAUGUGUUCACUAUAUACUUUUAAUGCAUUAUAACCAAUUUAUGUUAUAAAUAACACAUUAUAGGGAACUGACUACAGUAUACUCAGAACAUUUAAAAGGUAUAAUUGUCCCAUAUAAAAUUAUUUGUACUCAAAGAAUUUAAAUGAUAAAAAAUGUGUAUUUAUUCAGCAGCAGAGGAACAGAAAUCGUCCACCUCCGCACCAUCACCAUCUCCACCACCCAAGGCUGCAGCUUCACGACGGACGGCGUAUCCGAACAAGACAACUUCUCAGAUACCGACGUUCAAGAAAUUGUACAAAUAGGAUUUACCAGAACACAAGCUAUUGAGGAAUUGGAGACAGAAUGGCAAUAAAACCUGCAAUCGCCGCUUUUUGUGAAGUCGUUAAAAAUGUAGUGUAGUACGGAACUGAUGAAUACUUUGGUUAAUAAUAAUUUAGGUGCACAGAAGUUGAGGGAUAUUAAUGUAUUGCUGUAAAUUAUUGAGUACAGUAUAUAUUCUUUACUGGUUCAUGUUAGUGAUUCAUUACAAGGAUUAUGUACAAGUCUCUUUUGGUUCUUUAUGGCAUUUGCUAAUGGUAGGGUAAUGGGCCCAGCGUCCACAGCUCUGGCUGCUGUCAUAUUCUGUCACAUGCUAAAUGGUAAGGCCAAGUGUGCUCUCCCCCUUUUUACAUUUAUACUGUCUUCUUCACCCGUGCUCAACAUGGUUUUACUUAUAAAAAUUUAAGUUUUUUAUACAAUAGAACAAAGUAGAUUAUUUCAGCAUUUUUUAUCAAACGUAUAGUAUAACAAUUCUGCAUUUUUAUCGUUAGUAUAUUGGUUUAUUUAUAUUUUGUGGUUCACUUCAAAUUACUAAAUGUUCACAGAGCCUCGUUAAUUAUGCAAAUAGAUUUACAAGUACUGAAUUUUUUUUUACAUUUCAACUAUACUGUACAUACCUUGGUAGCAUAAGGGAUGUGUGAGGUAGCUUCAGUACUGUACAGUAUUUACAAAAGUCUGCUCAUUGGUGGGUAACAACAUGCAUCUGAGGAUACUUUUAUUUCUUUACAGUCGAUUCAUUGAGCUAUACUUGUGUGCAAGGUUCGUGGAUGGUGCUUUACUCUAUUGGCAUAAACAGUACACUACAUAACUAUGAACAUCUCCAUUGUAAAUAUCGCUUUUGUUAAUAUAAACCCAAAUAUUUAGAUA